GCUUCCUUUUAGCAUCGAAGAUGGCGGCAUGUAACAAGAAGAAAAAGUAGUCGGCGUUCGGCUGGUUCGGCCGUCACUUGAUCGCAAUUCUCCUUUGACGCACUUGAUCUUCUUAAUGCAGCCGCUACAAGCGCGAAGAGAAUGACAUUUCCGGCGAGUCACAAGACAGUGUUCGUGCUGGACCACAGCCCGUAUUUUUUAAUGUCAUGCCAGCAACUAAUAGAAUUCGACAUCUUUACAAAAACCCGGCAGCCAGGCAUCAUACCGUUGGCACCGAUUUCUAAGUCUCUGUGGACAUGCAGCGUGGAGGCCGCUAUCGAGUACUGCCGUGUAGUCUGGGACAUAUUUCCGACUAACAAGCUGAUCAGGUUUGUUGUGAGCGGUACAUCGGCGCGUCACUUAAACACAUGGCUGCAAGAAGAUCAAAGCAUGGCGCACCUGAUGGCCGUGAUGGCCCAAGUGGGCGCACCUUCGGAAUCUACGAACCCCAAGAAGUGCAACAUUCUUACCGGACUCACGGCGGCUAUCGAGGCGCUGUGUCAGUGCAGCGAGGUACAGCACGAGUACCGGACAUCGCUGAGCGAGACGGCCGGCAAGAUCGUCAACCGUGGUCGAGUCGUGUGUGUGACCUCCCUGAGAAGCGACUCCGAGAUGCGUUCGAUCGAAGAACGGUUCUACAGUCAGCUCACCGAGCACAAUAAACUAGCCGCCAGUUCGGACAGCCUGAUGCCGGUGCACAAGUGCGAGCUUGUCAUGAUCCACACGUGUCCCGUCAACAAGGAGUCCGACGUACCGACAGUCACCAAGCGGGACCUCGGGCCGAUCCUGUCAAGUGAAGUGCACCGAGUGCGCUCCGGGCGGCACCUGGCUGCCAAGCUCGGCUACCUGGUCCAAGUGCACUACAACCUGGCUUCCACUACUGUCACUGGCAUCCCCAUGAAGGAAGAGCAAAAUGCCAACUCGUCAGCCAACUACGACGUCGAGCUUCUGCACCCGUCGGCCGCUCAUACGGAGCUCUUCAAGACCGGCUUCAGCAACACAGAGGGAGUCCACGUUAGCACGGUGAAAGAAGGGCAGACAUAUGAGACGGUCACCCUCAAGUGGUGCACUCCUCGCUCCAACAGCGUGGAACUUCAGUAUUGUACCGGGGCCUACCGGAUAACCCCUGUCGACAUCAACAGCCGGCCUUCUUCCUGCCUGACCAACUUCCUUUUGGGCGGUCGAGCGGUCAUGCUCGAGAUGCCGCGCAAGGUGGGCUCCAAAGUGAUGUCCCACAUGCUUGCCAGUCAUGGAGGAGAGAUUUACAUCCACACACUGGGGACCGGUCGAUCCACCCUGGAGGACCCUCCUUCAAUAAGCGAAGGAUGUGGCGGGAGAGUGACAGACUACCGAAUCAACGACUUUGGCGAGUUUAUGAAGGAAAACAAGUUGGUUCCGUACCGUGUUGGGCCCAAUGACCGUCACGAGCUUCCGAUUGACCGCGCUCAGAAGCGCUUGCAGAGGCUGACCCAGUAUUGGCCCAUGGUGAUAAGCCACACGACCAUCUUCAACAUGGCUUCGCAACUGGACCCACUUCUUACACUUAUAACCAAAGAGGCCCUCACUCCAGAUGAGAUCAUUGAGUGCAAAAAAGUGAUCUACCUUCUGGUGGCUAUGGAAAGCAAGGGAACCUCUCUGCCCGUGCCAACCAUUGGUGUGAGGGGCAAGGGGCCCAAGAGAGAGGAACAGUACCGGACGAUGUGGAACGAGCUGGAAAACUACAUCCGGAUGCAUUGCGUGACGGCGGAGCAUAAUGUCAUCUUGGACUGCCUGCUGGAGUGCCGGAAGCCAGCCGACUCCGACACCGGUACAAGCAACCACAAGGGGGCUGGGGCCAAGAAACCAGCCGAGAAGGCGGUGUCAGUGAAGGACGAAAAGGGGGAAGGGAAGUGGUCGGAGGUCGAUCUCGGUUGGAGGGAAGGCAAGUUUGGCGAUGUGGAGAAAGGAGAAGAUGGAGCUGGGAAGGCCCAGCCGGCUAAAAAGGCUCGUGUAAGCAGCCUGGAUGAAGGGAUGCUUGGCUGCUCGUCACUCCUUGCACUCUGGAGGAACAAAGUGACCACCGAAAAUGCAAGGAGGCACGUGGAGUUCGCCGGUAGGUUGAACGGAGAUGGAAAGGUGGCCAUCCUCUAUCCCAGCCUUAAUCUCGACGGUGGCAAUGAAAAUGACAAUGACGUUAAGCCGAAUCCCCCUGCUAGGACCUGAUUGUAAAGGUCCUGCCUGGUCAGUCUGGGCUCUUGUAUAUACCAUGAUAAAACUAAAUUUUCCGCACAUUACAAGCAUUUUUUUUUAUUUACUCACACAGUUUUAAUGUCAAUAAACAGGUGUAUCCCAAACAUUCAUUUCAGCACA